AAAAGAAAAACGGUGAAAAGUAUAAUUCUUUGCACAUCGUCAAUAAUGUUGGCAACUCACUUACCAGAAUUUAUUGAGAGCAAAGGGUAACAGAAAUUGACAGGAUUUCAACAACGAAGUCUUCAACAGUUAUUGGUACGUUUUAAAGAUUGAAAUAAAGGGAAGCUGCCUAACCUUGGGACCAGUCUUCAGGCUGCUUAAUCUUUGUGGUUGCUAAAUUUGUUUCUCUCUCAAGAUUCAGAAUUUUCACCCUCCCACACUUUCCAGGAAAGCCCAGAUUGAAAAUCCUCGGUUUGGUUCCAAGUUAUAAUUUGAGCUUCAAACUUGAUGACUGCAUCUGGUGCAGUUAUCUUUGUAAAAGUAGAAUAAGGAGAUCUUGAGCAUAAUGGGAAUUCCCCUACGGAGUGUUAAUUUAAGGAUACCAAAUGAGACAAUGAGGCUUAUUAUUAUGGCUGUUGCUGGAGUUAUUUUCGGCCUUUUUUUAGGUGUAUCCUUUCCAACAGUUUCAUUGACAAAGAUGAAUCUCCCAUCGACCCUAUUUCCUUCCAUCGAUCUUACAUAUAUUGAGGACAAAUAUUCCGGCCUUUCAACCCAAACACUAUUUAACGCUUUGAACACUCUCAAGGCUAAUAAGGUUGCCUCAAUGUCAUCUUACAACUACACCGAGAAAAAGAUCUGGCUUCCGUCAAAUCCACAGGGUGCUGAAAGACUUCCCCCUGGUAUAGUUACAUCCGAGUCCGAUCUCUAUCUUCGUCGAUUAUGGGGUCAUCCAAGUGAGGACUUAACCAUCAUACCGAAGUAUCUCGUAACUUUUACAGUUGGUUAUAGUCUGAAAGACAAUAUUGAUGCAGCUGUGAAAAAGUUUUCAGAAAAUUUCACAAUUAUAUUGUUUCAUUACGAUGGUCUUACCACUGAAUGGGAUGAGUUUGAUUGGUCAAAGCGAGCUAUUCACGUGAGUGUUCCAAAGCAGGCCAAAUGGUGGUAUGCAAAGCGCUUUUUGCACCCCGAUAUAGUUGCACCCUAUGAGUACAUUUUCAUGUGGGAUGAGGAUCUUGGGGUGGAGAACUUCGAUGCGGAAGAAUACAUAAAACUUGUCCGAAAACAUGGUUUAGAAAUUUCCCAGCCAGGUUUAGAUUCAAGUAGUGCUGGACUGACAUGGGCAAUGACAAGAAAGAGAAACGACAGUGAAGUUCACAAGGAUACCGAGGAGAGACCUGGCUGGUGUACUGAUCCACAUUUGCCCCCGUGUGCAGCAUUUGUCGAGAUCAUGGCUACAGUGUUCUCUCGGGAUGCAUGGCGAUGUGUUUGGCAUAUGAUUCAGAACGACUUGGUUCACGGAUGGGGCCUUGAUUUCUCUCUUCGGAAAUGCGUUGAGCCUCCUCAUGAGAAAAUUGGGGUUGUAGAUGCUCAGUGGAUUGUACAUAAAAGUGUUCCUUCUCUCGGAAACCAGGGGAAAGCAGAGGGUGGAAGGGCUCCAUGGGAAGGGGUGAGGGAAAGGUGUAGGAAAGAAUGGACAAUGUUCCAAGAUCGGAUGACGAAUGCGGAGAAAGCAUAUUAUGGAGCACUGGGAAUUAAUCCUUACAAUGAAACAGCUAAGUAGAAGAUAUAAUAUAGUAAGUAUUUCACACUACCAUUAGAGUUUUACAAGUCACUUCUAUCUGUGAUGCAAACUGAUUUUUGGUUACACUAGAAGCUAACUUUGAUCCUAUCAACAUAUGUAAUGUUACUUGGGCAUCAUUGUCAACAUUAUAUAUUA